AUGUCGUUAAAAAUGCACCACGCGUUGGACAUUAAUGACGAUGAUGAGUCAUUUGCAGCCGUUUCCGAAAAGAUUCGUCGUAGAUCAACGAUAAAUCUCGGAAAUACGCGACAAAGAACUUUGCGACUAUUCAGAUUGAAAGUCUACAAUUUUCUAGAAAAGCCUUUAAAUGCAGCAUCAGCACCGUAUCACUCAUUAAUAUUCACCUUAGUCAUUAUCAAUAUAAUAUUGGGAGCAGCAGCUUCUGCUAAUGAUGAUUUAGUGUCAUGGUCCCAUUUCUACCUCGAAGUUGUUCUCGUUUUAUUUUUUAUUCUUGAAUUCAUUGUUCGCCUCUGGUCAGUUAAAGCAGAUGCAAAAUAUCGAAGUCGAUGGGGCCGCAUAUACUAUUUAUUUCAUACGGUAACCCUCAUUGAUCUAUGUAUUAUACCAGCAACGAUAUUACUCCUUGUUUUCGAAAGCCGAUAUGUUGACGGAAUAACUUUAGACAGCUUGCGUUUCAUACAAAUCUUACGCCUUUUUCAUGUUGAUCGACAGAUGGCCACGUGGAAGUUGUUGAAAAAAAUGAUAAUGUUAAGCAAAUGGCAUUUAUUUGCUGCAUACUAUAUCACAAUAUUUUUACUCAUCACUAUGGCCACCAUUAUCUAUUCCACAGAAGCUUACGCGCAAGGAUUAGAAGAUCAAGGAUAUGGACUAAAUGGUCCAAAUGAGACAGUUCCAACGUUCCCAACAAUGGCUCAUUCCUGGUGGUUCACAGUAGUUACCGUACUCACAAUUGGUUAUGGAGACAUUGUGCCGAAAGGGGCAUUCACAAAAGUUGUUGUAUGCAUUCUCGGAUUUUUGGCGUUUUGCACAUUUCAGGCGGCAAACACUCAAAUCUCCGUGGGUAUGACUUUGAUGAUGGAGGAAGAGAAUAAGGAAAAGUGUCAGUCUCGUCUUCGAAAUAUCGCGGCUUCUACUAUUCAAGUAUGGUGGAGAUACCAUUUGGCUACCAAUUGGAAGCCACAUAUUCGUUACGUUUACUUUACUCAUGUUUGUUAUAAGUUAUACGUGACUGAAGAACGAAUCAACCAAAAUCGAGCACUCGCCAAAAAAAUUCGGGAAAAGUUGGAAAGAAAAAAAUCGCAGAAAAAGAAGUCGAUUGUUAAUCAAGGCUCGGUUACAGCAGAAUUACUGAAGUUGGGAAUCAAAGGAGCUGUGAAACCAGUUAUUGAGGCAGAUAGAAAUGAUAAAGUCGCCGCGUUCCAAAGAAGAACAAAAAAGCGUGUACUCUUUGCUGAGCGUCGAAAUCAUACUGUAGAAACUUCAAUGUCCUCAUCGUUAGAUAUUUCUGAUGUUGACGCUCAUAUUGAAAUGCGGAAUAUUCUCGCAGAAAAUGUUGAUGAUUUUACGCCCGAGGAAGUUGAUAUAAGCUUGCUGAUGAAAUAUCGACCGUUAUUGCGUUUCUACAACUUUAUUCUAUUCCGAUUUUUAAUGAAGAAAUUCAGAAAUCAACGAAAAGCCGGCGAGCUUUUGACGAUUGAAGAAGAAAUCUCAGAAAGGGAAAAUGCGAGAAAUAUUAAGAUGAAAGAGCUCGAAGCUACUAUUAUUUCUCUUAUCGGAAAACCAACAAUUUCUCCAUUCGACUAUUCGGGAAGAAAAAUCUCACUUCUUGAAAGAAUUGACUAUUGUGAAAGAAAAAUGGACGAAAUGGAGAUGAAAGUUGAACGUAUUCAAGAAAUCACCCUUCGAAUAGUGGAUCUCGUAGAGGGAAAAAUUGGCCACGGACGACCACCUAAACAUCCUGGGAAAAAAGUUCGCCGUCAUGCGCCAAUUCCCGAGCUCGACAAUGUCGAUGAUGAAGAAGACGAUGAGGACGACACAACGGAAUGA